GACGAGCAGUACCUGCCGGCCGACCCCCGCGACCCCCGGGCCUUCCACCAGGUCCCCGUCAUCGCGGGGGUGGCCGACCAGGACGGCACCCUGACUCUGUCCGAGCAGCGUGACCUGUCCCGUCAGAGCUACGCGCAGCUGCGGUACUUCAUCCUGCAGGCCGCCAUCCCGGCGGUGGCGAAGCGCCACGGCUUCACCUCCAUGCCGACCCGCUGGCCGCCCCCACCGCCCGGCGGUGACCCGGGCGACGACGAGCUCGCGGACGGCACCAACGACCUGCCGCCGGCGUUCCGGCUCGGGCCGCCGGCCCUCGAGGUCCCCGUCGACGCCUCCAUCCAGUCGCUGCUCGAGUGGCGCUACGUGAGCGGGGCGGCCCCUGGGGACACGGGCGCGCUGCUGGCGGGGCUCCUGCAGAUGUACACAGACGCCCAGUUCAAGGCGCCGCACGCCUUGCAGCUACGGCUGCUGGCCUCCCGGACGGCGCAGCUGUUUGCCUACCGCUUCGAUCAGCCGGGCCCCGACCUGCUGGGCUCCGGCUACCCCGGUGCCGGGUUUGGGUCCGAGCUAGUGCUACUGCUGGGUCCCACAACCACCCGCCAGCUGGCCGGUCGCAGAUUCACUGCGCAGGAGGAGCGCCUCGCGGCCUACGUCAAGAGGAUGUGGGUUGACUUCGCCAGGACAGGGAACCCCACCCCGGGCGCGCGCGGCUACGGCGUCUCCUGGCGGCGCUACACCGAGGCGGACCAGGGCUUCCUGUCGCUGGUGGCUGACGGCACUCAGCCCAUGCCGAUGCGCUCCUACUCGCACGAGGCGCUCCUGGGGGCGGCGCCGGCCGGGCCGGGGGCGCGGGAGCUGCAGGCGGAGGCGGCCGCGGGCGGCGGCGGGGACGCGAGGGCGGCGCACCUGUGGAACACCUUCCUGCCCCGCCUGCACAACGAGAGCAUCGGCAGGAGGGUGGCGGGCUGGGCGGCCUCCAGGGAGGCGCCGCUCACCAACGCACAGCCGUUUCGCUCCGCCAUGUUCACGCUGCUCGCGCUGGUGCUGCUGCUCCUGCUGCUGCUGGUGCUGUGCCUCGUGCUGCUCAAGAGGCGCGCCAAGGAGCGGGGCCGCGAGCGCGACUCGUUCUGACGACGGCUGGGGGCGGGGCUGGGGACCGGUGCACCUGGCGGCCGCCUCCGCCGGUGCCUGCGCCGCCUCCGCCGCCGCCUCCAGCCACCCGCACGGCAACGACGGGCCAGCCUGCCCACGCCGAGCCAGCCCCAGCAGAGCUCCGAGGCCGGCCCCGCGCAUGCUGCCAACACCCUGGGCUCGACGCGGGCCUGGAGGUACAACGUGACGACCGACCAGCUGUGAGCAGCGUGGCCCAGCACCA